AUGGCAUUUUUCAAAAAUUUUCAGCAAAAUCUGAACCUUCCUUCUGUGUCUUCUUUGGUUGACACCUUCAGUAAUGCUGUAGAUGAUCUAACCAGUGCUGUUGGAGAUGUAAGCUAUACAGUAGCUGAUUCAGUUACAGAGCAGGUAACAAACAUGAUCAACAGUCUUCGAACAGAUGAAACUGCUAAAACACAGGAAGAUAAAUCUGAAGUGGGUAAAGAGGAAAAUAGCACAAAUAAUGACAUAGGAAAGUAUAUGAGAGAAACAAAGUAUGACUCAGAAGAGAAGCAUAAACAGUCUGAUUAUUUAAAACAGAGUAUGUAUGGUAGAGGAGAAACCUAUCAUGGCAUAGACAAAAUGCAGAGACAGUUAAAUGCUACAGAACCUAAUGAACUUAAUGAUUCAGAAGUAUAUAGGGAUAUGAAUAAUUCAAUCAAACAUGGUAAACACAAAAGACAAACAGGAAAUAAGUACGUAGAAAAUACAUUGCCAAAAGAUACUGGUGAGAACUACGGUACAUGUAGAACUGAAGAAUCCCUUCAUGAAAAACCUAGUAAGAAACUGUAUCCAGAGCUAGAACAACCUAAGGACCCGUUGCAGAGGAAAGUUAAAAAAAAAUCACCAGAAGUUGAUUUCAUGGAUGCCAAAGAAGCUCAGAGUAUUGUAUCAAAGAAUUUAGAAGCAAAUGAAGUGCAAACAUCAAAAUUGCCAGAACGAAGGUCCAAAAUAGUACAUGGUGUUCAUGAAGUAAAAUCUAAGAAACAGAAAACAAAUUCUGAAUACCCCAGACAGUCUGUAACAAACCAGAAAGAAAAUGCCUCAUCUACUCUUUCAAAGGAAGUUGCAAAGCAAAAGCAUAAAGAAUCAGAAAGUUGUUCUAAAGAAGUGAGUAGUAAGAAGACACCAGCCAAAGACAAUUCAUACAUAAAUAAAGAGCAGCAUGGUUCAUCAUCUGAAAGUGAAGAUGAGGCGCUGGGUAAAUACCAUGAAGCCUUGUCCAGAACUCAGAGUUCAAGGCCACCAGCUGGAGAUAACAGACAACAGAAAAACUAUAUUUGGGAAACCAGACAAAAAUAUAGUCCUCUGUCCGCAGAGUAUGAUGGGUACAGUAGUGAAGCCUCAAUAGAUGAAGCUAACUGCAUUCAGAGAAUGAGACAAACACCUCCUCUUGAUGAACUUCAACCUCCACCAUACCAAGAUGACAGUGGCUCGCCGCACCUUUCGUGCACACCCUCUGAAGUUGGGGACAGCAAAUGUGAAUUUUCUCAGUGCAGCAACAGUCCAAGAUGUUCAUAUAAGUGCCCAAGUGAAGGAAGUACUGGCCAUGAGAUAGAAAGUUUCCAUAACAAAGGAUACGAAGAAGAUGUGCCCAGUGAUAGUACCGCUGUCCUUAGCCCAGAGGAAGUGUCAGCUCGAGGAUCAUCGUCACAGCUCCCUAAAUCUUUUGAUCCUGAACCAGAAGCUAAAUAUGGCACUCUGGAUGUGACUUUUGACUAUGACUCGCAGGAACAGAAGCUUCUGGUAACAGUAACAGCUGCCACAGACAUUCCUACUUAUAACAGAACAAGUGGAAGUUCAUGGCAAGUACACCUGGUUCUUCUUCCUAUCAAGAAGCAGAGAGCAAAAACCAGCAUGCAGCGGGGUCCAUGCCCUGUCUUCACAGAGACAUUUAAAUUUAAUCACAUUGAAUCUGAGAUGAUUGGGAAUUAUGCAGUACGCUUUAGACUGUACAGUGUACGCCGUAUGAAAAGAGAGAGGAUUCUAGGAGAAAAGAUAUUUUAUUUAACCAAAUUAAAUCUUCAAGGGAAGAUGUCAGUACCAGUGAUACUGGAGCCAGCAUACAGUAUUUCCGGCUGUGACUCCCAAAUGAGCAUGUCAGAAAUGUCCUGCAGUGAAAGCACCUCCUCUUGUCAGUCUCUGGCACAUGGCUCAGCUCCAGAAAUCCUCAUUGGACUGCUUUAUAAUGCCACAACUGGAAGACUAGCAGCAGAAGUGAUAAAAGGCAGCCACUUCAAAAACUUGGCAGCAAACAGACCACCCAAUACAUAUGUUAAGCUGACAUUGCUGAAUUCCAUGGGUCAAGAGAUGUCCAAAUGCAAGACAUCCAUUCGAAGAGGGCAACCAAAUCCAGUAUACAAAGAGACCUUUAUUUUUCAGGUGGCGUUGUUUCAGCUUUCUGAUGUGACACUCAUAUUGUCUGUGUAUAACAAACGCAGCAUGAAACGAAAAGAAAUGAUAGGCUGGAUUUCUUUAGGGCUGAACAGUUCUGGAGAAGAGGAACUAAACCACUGGACUGAGAUGAAGGAAUCCAAAGGACAACAAGUAUGUAGAUGGCACUCUUUGUUGGAGUCUUAA